UGUGGCCGUCCCCGGCAGCCCCGCGUGCGCCGCACCUCCUCGCUCGACACCAUCCUGGGCUCCUACCUGCUGGGACAGUGGCCACGGGACACUGAGGGAGCCCCCUCUUCCUGCAUGAGUGACAAAGCUACCCAGACCCCAGUGUCCUGGCAGGAGGUGGAGGUGGGGAGAGGCAGCUCCGGGGCUCACCAGCGUUCAGCUUCCUGGGGCAGCACAGAUCACCGCCGAGAGAUUGCCAAGCUAAAGCAGCAGCUCCAGAGAACAAAGCUCAACGGCAGAAGUGGCAAAGACAAGGAGAAGAGCUCCCCACUCCAGGGGGACCAUGCUGUCCUUGGAUCAUCCCUCAGGGACUCCUCUUCAGGCUUCCUUUCUCCAUCUCUCAUUUUGAGGCUCAGCCCCUGCUUGCACAGGAGCCUGGAAGGGCUAAACCAGGAGCUGGAGGAAGUAUUUGUGAAGGAACAGGGAGAUGAAGAGCUUUUGAGGAUCCUGGAUGUCCCAGAUGGUCACAGGGCACCAGCACCUGCCCAGAGAGGCUCUGAAGAUGUGUCCCUGCCCCUGGAGCCCAGCAGCAGCUCCAGCAGCCUCUCUCCUUCCCCUUCUGUGCCUCUCCACCUGUCCCCACACGCCCCGGGGAGGCUGGCAGCAGAGGAGGCCCCCUCUGCUGGGGAUGAGCUGCAGCCUGAUCCAAAGGAGAAGGGUAAGAGAAUUGUCUUUCCCCCCCUGCCAGAGGAGGGCAGCCCUUCUCCAGUCCUGGUCUUUGCUUCUUCUCCUCGACCCAACCACAGUUACAUGUUCAAACGGGAACCUCCUGAGGGCUGUGAGAAGGUCCGGGCCUUUGAGGAAGCUUCCUCCCCCAGCCCUGACCAGCCUUUCCAGCCUUCCUGUCCAGACAAGAACAAAGUGCACUUCAACCCCACCGGUUCUGCCUUCUGCCCUGUCAGUCUGGUCAAGCCCCUCUUCCCAAACGUGGGUUUCCUCUUCAGAGGGUUCCCAGCUUCUCCCAGCCCUGGCAUGGGCACGUUUACAUCCUGCCAGUCCCCAGCCCCCAGCCCCUUCCUCGGGGCACGGAAGGACCCUGCAGUGGAGAGUUUCAGUGAGGUGUCCAAGGCUUCUCCACGGAGUUACGACCACUGGAAGCGCGGGCAGCCCGAGGAGAGCGUGGUCUUCCACAGCUCCCUCGUGGUGUGA